AUGCGGUGCGCGAGGCCCUCACCGCACCGCGCGCGAGAACCCCGUCGCCUUCUCCACAACCGCGGCCGCCGCUGCGAGAGCGCGUCGACUAGCGCGCCCUCGGCCUUCGAUGCCCCGCUUAUAGUGGCAAGCGUUGCCGCGCGCAGUUCCACUUCAAUUGGCACAAAGGCCCACUGCUGCAGUCAACACACCCCAAAGGCUCCUGUGGUGAACUGGGUUCUCUCGCGACCACUCCAAUCGCUUGGAGUGCCCGUGCGUUCCAAAACGUGUACUCGCCAGCUGUGCCACGCGCGCAUGCUCCAAGGCUUCACCCAGAUCACCCCCGCCAGGCACUCCUAUCGCACCGCAGCUACUGGAAUACUCCCCACUUUCGGCGCGAACGACCACCCAAAUGCCCCUACCGUUUGCAGGUGA